AAGUACUAGAGUACUUCAAGUAUCACUCUAGUACCCUGCAAGUAACAUCGAUCCAUCAGUACAACCAUAAUUAUCAAGGACAAUGGACAUGAGUGGUACCACGAUGGAGCAGGCUGGUGCCGGUGGGUACAUGAACAGGUGGUACGACUCCUGUGGUACAGCUGGGGCAGAUGGCACGCUUGGUACAGCUGGCACUGCUGGUACUGGUCUACAUCAGGACUACUACAGCAUGGUACAUUGUGCCUACGGCAAUAACAUGGCUCGCAUGGGGAGCAGCCAGGUGUUCCGUCCGUCAUUCGCCUCCCCACUUCACCCGUGGUUGGGGAGUCCAGCUGGGGGAGAUACUAAAGUGGGGAGCAGCCCGCCAUCUCCCUGGCAUUCCCCAUUUUCGGGGAAAAGCAACAACGGCUCUUCAUAUCCCCACUCCUCCUCCCCCAGCUCCCACCCAUCAAGCUACCCCCAGUACCCGUCCUCCACAAACCUUUUCCCCAACUUCCCCACGAAGGACGAUCCCAUGGGGGGCCUUCACUCUGGGGGAGGGGGGAGUAUUGGGGGAGGAGGGGAAGGCUACAACAUGGCGGGAAGCAUUGGGGCUAUGGACACAUCCUCAGCGCUGGACUUGAAACACUCAGCCAUGCUUUCCCCACUCUCAGUGUGUGGGAAGAGUGGCAGGGAAGGUGCGCCAAUAUUCCCCACCAACACCCACCACCUACAACACCAACAACAACAUCACCACGACAUGAUGACGUCAUCAGGCUACCAUCACCACCAUCACAACCACAUGGACUGUUCCAUGCCCCUCUUGCCCUCAUCCACAUACCCUCAUUACCCCCACAGUUCCCCAGACUUCGGGUACUACGCCUCCUCAGGGGGAGGGUUUGCCUCUAGGGGGGAAAAACACAAAAGCAAAACCAGGUCUUCCGCUGAAGGGCGCGAGUGCGUGAACUGUGGCGCGACGUCGACGCCGCUGUGGCGACGCGAUGGCAACGGCCACUAUUUGUGUAACGCGUGUGGCCUUUACUACAAAAUGAACGGCCAGAACAGACCUCUCAUCAAGCCCAAACAGCGCAUGUCGGCGCAACGCCGCGCCGGCACGUCGUGCGCCAACUGUAAAACGACAACAACGACGUUAUGGCGACGUAACCACAACGGCGAGCCUGUGUGUAACGCGUGUGGCCUCUACUACAAACUACAUAACGUGUCGCGGCCGAUGUCCAUGAAGAAGGACGGCAUCCAGACGCGCAACCGCAAGCUCAGCGCCAAGUCCAAGAAGAAGAAGGGACUGCUCGGCUUCCCCGACAUGCUGCGCGACAAGUCCUGUCAGGGCGGGCAAGGCUUCCCCGGGUUUGGGGGUCCAGGGGGCGGCGGGUUCUCUGCCAUGUACAGCAUGUAUGGCAACCACAUGGCGGCGGCAGCAGCCGCGGCAGCCGCGGCGGCGAGCAGUUCUUCAAUGGGUGGAGGGUUGAUGGGCGGAGGUCAUCAUGGGGUGCAUCAUAGCGGACAACCGCACUCCUCCAUGCACGGCAUGUCAGGGUUUGGGGGAAUUGGGGGAGCAUCCCAGCUACAGAUUCCGUCCGGGGCGGCACCGUUUGGGAUGUCACAUGGGGGGAAUAACGUAGUGGGGGCGAUGGCAUAGGGAUACGCCCCCGCAUCCCCAUCCUCUUCCCCACACUCCUUACUGGCAUCCCUGAACCCUUCAAUGUCCAGAGAACCCCAACAUCAGAGCCCGGGGUUGUCUUACCAAGGGUUCUCCUCCAUAGACGACCCUUCUUUAACCCUCCUUCCCCUUACACAGUCCCUCGCUCCCCCAAAUCCCCAAGCCUCAUCCCUCCACCCCACCCAGUGCGGGCCAUCGCUUCUCUACGCAUCCUUCACCCCUGAUAACCCUGAAGGGGGUCAGGGAGGGGAAGUUCUCUCCCCGGUUCAGGAGGGAUCAGGUUCAUUAUAAUAUAGUCAUGUCCCCUUAUACGAUAAUGUAUAUAAGGAAGUUUUUAUGUUAAUUUAUAAUGCUUAGUAAGGCUAAGUCUUGAAUAAAGAAGAUGAAUCAUGGGGUAAAAACGUGCUUAUAGCUUCUUAAUUUAUAUUAAUUAAAGAAAAGCUUUAAUCACAUAAAUAAAAAAUUACUAAAUUUGCCGUUCCGUGUCGUAGUCAUCAACGAUUUUUUAAAUGUUUCUUAACUACUCUAAAUUGUACAAGUCGAAUUAAUUAGCUGGUAUUACAAUAAACAGCAUUAUUAAAUGUUAACAUUAAUUAAUGAACUUUAAUUAAACAACAUUAAUGAAAGAAACAAAUGAUAUGUUACCUCGAACCGCAAGUUGUGAUAACGGCAACCGUGUGUAACUGCGCUCGAAGUUUGAGGAGAACUUUUCGUACAUCAUACUGUAUAAAACGUAUUUUUGUAUUCAAAAUUGUCACUAAAAUAUCGCAUACAAUCAAUAUAUUGCAGUAUAAUUUAGAAUACCACUCAUUUGUUCACUCACAGUUUCCUCAAGGUGUCAUAAUUAAUUUCGUAUAAAUUUAUAUUUUUCCUCAUAAACACCCUCGGUAAUCGUAAUGGAGCGACGAUCUUUGGUUAAUUUAUAUAUCCAUGAGAUGGCAUUUAUUUUUUCGUGAAAAGAUGAUAAUAACUGUCAUAAUUUCACAUCCAAUUUGCACCAUGACUUUAAAAAUUGAGAAAUCUUUCAAUUCAUAAUAAUUGGGGGAAAUUAUCAAUAUAAAAAUAAAGAGUAAAUAUUAAUCUGAUAAAUGGAAGCUGCAUUACUGUCUAAAUCAUUAACAUAAGUGGUGGUUAAACUUGUAAUUAGGCCAGUUACCGUGAAGGUAAUUGGUGUUGUUAUCUUGUUUCUUUGUUAUUUUUUAUACAUGGUGUUAAAGCCAUGCAAUGUUUUAUUUGUGCAUACGAAACAUUGGAAGCUUUAUUGCUUAUUAUACUUAUUAUAUACUAUACCGACCGGAGGUUGCAAUCAUAAUAUAAGAUUCAAAAGAUUAUUAUUAUUUGUAUUAUUAAUUAUUUUAUGUUAUCUUCAAACUUUCUAGACUUCUUUGAUAUAAAAACUUUAGAUAACAAAAUAAUUAUUUUACAAUGAAGAUCAUGUCUUCCGACAAUGCUGAACUGUAUAUUUUUCUGCCGCAUUAUUUAUCGCAUUUUCAUGCACCAACUUACAUAUUAAUCCCCUUACACCAAAAAUUUGUUGAUUUAUGGGUAUUCAUCUAAAUUUAAUUCAUCUCAACUAUAUUGGGAUUGAAAUUAGCCAAUCAUCAAAGGUCACAGCCUUCAUUUUCUCACUCGAUAAUCCAAACAAUUCAUGUAGUCCCAUUUGAACCGAAUAAUGACAUCAAAUUAAGGUAGUAUUAAAUUCAUUUAUUAUUCAUUUACUUAUUUCGACUGACUCUGAUUAAUCUCAUUUAAUAAUAAUUAAAUUUUGAUAAUGAAUUCCUAAUCGAUUGUUAAUGGUUUUCAUAAAAUAAACUAUAAUAAAAUUAACAAAUAAUUAUGUUGAUAUUCUCUUUGCUAUAGGAAUAAUCGAAGCCAAAUUUAAUCCUGUCAGUCCAUUUUUAAUAUUUGUUGAGAUAACAAUAGCUCCACAAUUACCCUUAAACAACUAUAUUUCAAAUAGUCAGGUAAAAUAUACAUUGGCAAUCGGCAAGAAUAAAUUGCACUGCCUGACAAUUUGUUUUUGAUGUUUAGGCGAAAUAUUAAAUGGGUCAGAGUGAAAAUUCGUGCCAGUAACUGCGACCAGAUCAGUUCCAUGAAAUCUAUAUGUUUUUAUAUGCGUCUUCCCUGUACAUAUUGUCUAAAUACAAGCCAGCUUUGUUCAUAUGUGUGUAAAUUGUACGAUAAUGUUGUUUACAAAAAUUGUGUGCAUACCGUGUACAUUCGUCCCUACAUUAUUAUAGAAAUAAUCGGUGACAGGUCGAUGAAAUAAUCGGUGACAGGUCGAUGGGACGGUCACCGAUUACCCAGCCAAGAUUUUGCCAUGAAUUUUCUUGAAUGUGGAUGUCUGCAUUUGCCAGUACAUACAUGAACGCUUUCAA